UCACCAGCUUUCAUCAUUCUAUUUCCUUUUGCCUCUCUGGUCAAGAGGAGGGGCAGAGAAUUCUGAGUUGGAGAGCUAGUCAGAGACAAUUCAUUUCUGCCUUCUGUCUUCACACACCCAAAGGAUCCAGGAUUGGAAAGGCCAAGUUCUCCCACCCCAUUUUUGGAUCAGCUUCCUCCACCUGCGUCACUGCGUGGUGCAAAUACAGAGAUGAGCGAUCAGGGAGUAAUUUAUUUAACUCCAACCGAUCUUCAGUUUACUUCGGUGUCACCAAAGAGAGAAGGGUCUGGUGGUACCCAAAGGCCUGGGAAAAGUGAUGGCAAAGAGUUUGCAGUACCCUGGCUUAUCAUUGCAGUGACUCUUGGGAUCCUUUGUUUACUUCUAUUGAUUACGGUCAUAGUGUUGGGAACAAUGAUUUUUCAGUGUACUCAAAAAAAACAUCAACAGGAUAAAAUUCUACAAAACCUGAGGCUAAAGUACCCCAUUAUGCAAAAUGACAACUUCACAAAGCAACUUUUGACAAAUAAGACUUUAGCAUCUGAUAUUCAUAAAAAUAAAACGCUUCAGGAGAUAAAGAAACUGGUCUCACUAUCAGAAAAGAACAGCUGUUAUAGAAAAGAGAUGAUCUUUUCAAAAUCUAUGCAAAAUACAGGCAAACUCCAAGAAGAACACUGGUCCUGUUGUGGAGAAAACUGUUACUUGUUUACCAAUGAAAAUAAAAACUGGAACGGAUGUAAACAGGCUUGCCAAAGUUAUGGGUUAUCUCUUUUGAAGAUAGAUGAUGAAGAUGAACUGGCCUUCCUUCAACCGCAGACUUAUGGAAACAACUACUGGAUUGGAUUAUCAUAUAACGAAGAGAAAAGAAAAUUGGAGUGGACUGGCAGUGGUGCACCUGGAAUUAAUCAUGGGAUAAUGAAUUCAACCUUUGGGAGAGGACAAUGUGCAUUUUUAACCUCAACGAGGAUAGCAUCCAUUGAGUGCUAUAAAACCUACAAUUGCAUCUGCGAGCAGAGCAUUUUCUCUGCCUUUAAAACACUAAGAAGAAAAGGACAGUCCAACUAAAACACAGAGGAGCAGGUUGACGAGAACAUCCUCUGCUGGAUAACGAUUUGAGACAUCAGACAUUCUCGGUCUUCUUGGAGAAGAGGAGAUUUUUGCCUCUGGAGAGCAGAUACCCUUCUCUUUAAUGGGCCUGCAGAGUUAUUCCCCUUUUCUCUUUCCCUGCACUGCUCACAGAACCAAUUAGAGAACUCAUGAAUACCUGGUUCUUCUCCUUAUUUUUAGCAUAAACCAUUUCAAUAGUGUCCAGCUUUGAGAGACAGCACAAUUAAGAACAAUAGCACAAUUGUGAUAGCAUAAUUAAAAAUAUAGGUAUCACUUUUCCCCAUCUAGCUGCUCACCUCUCAUCUUAAAUAUAUAUUUUGCUAUAAUUUCAAACUCGCUGAGUAGUUCAAACAACACUUUAAGGAACUCUCAUAUAUCCUUUACCCAUAGUUAGCAUUUGUUUAUAUAUUACUAUCUGUACUUUAUUGAAUUCUCUCUUUCUCUCUCUUUCCCAUUGCUGGUUCAUUUGAUAAUCCAGAAUAUUAUGUCUCUUUGUCUAAAUAUUUUACCAGAACAAGAACUUAGUCUUGUAUAACCAGAGCAAAAUUUUGAAAAUCAGGACAUUUAGCAUCAAUGUAGUACCAUGCUUCUGCCUACAGUCCAUAUUUAAAUUUGUCAGUUGUCUCAAUGAUGUCAUUACAGGUGUUUUUCCUCCACGCUCGGGACCAUGCAGUCUGGUCCUUUAAUCUGCAACAAUUCCUCAUGCUUUUGAAGACUUUCUUGAUCUUCCCAUUUAAAAAAAUCAACUUUACAGAGUUACACUUUGCAUGCAAGAGAAAAUUAAAUUUCAAUGGGUUCCUCAUUUCACCAGAGAGGGAAUUCACACUGAAUUAAAAGUACAAGCAGGUUGUUUGACAAGUGGGGGUGGACUUAGGAAAAACACGGUGGAGAGGUCAGAAUCAUUUGUUCUUGUCAUUCAGACAUCACAGCAUACAGAGAAUAAUAUGCUGUGCUACGGAAUAAAAUGGUUUAGGAUUAAAAACAAAACAAGACAAAACAAACAGGAAACCUUGUGAUUUGUAGCUUCAAAACAGAAGGGUCUUGGCCUGGCCAGGUCGCUCAGGUGGUUCAAGGGUCAUCCUGAUACACUGAGGUUGCCGGUUCUAUGCCUGGUCAGGGCACAUCCAUGAGUCAACCAACAAAUAAAUCAAUAAGUGGAAAAAUAAAUCAGCCUCUCUCUGUUUCCUCUCCUCCCUCCCUCAUCCUCUCUCUUUAAAAUCAAUAAAUAAAAAUUUUUAAAAAGGGCUUUAAAUCUCUCAGGCAGUCAUUCUGCAGCUUCUCAGCUGACUUUUGGCUUAGAGCUCUGCUUUGACAUAUUCUGACUUAUUAUUUUGAUUUUUUCUAAUCACAGUGGGAGGGUGGCCUCUUCAGUAGGAUCAUCUUUCAUGUUAACACCUUACAGGUUUGUUCCCUGCAAAUUAAACAAACUCUCCACCCGUUAUUGGUGUAGUAGCAUCCCUCAAGUUUACAGAAGGCAACAAAUACUGAGAAAUCCCAACACAGACUUCACUUAAGAAGGAUUUUCAAAGAAAUUCUCAUACAAGAGGCAGAACAUUUACGCAAAUACGAUUUUUAUUGACAACUAAUUCUCACAUGUUAUAUGGAUGUUUAAAUUGUAGUGAUUUUUUUCUUAAACCGUGAUGGAGAAGGCUUUCCUUCUCCCAUGUCUUAUCUCAAUGUAUUUAUCUACUUUCCAGAAUGACUGAGGUGGGCUUUUACACAGAAGUAAAUAUCCUCUUGAUGAAAGGAACUACAGUCCAGGACUUCUAACAGGAAAUAUGAGUUUGUUAAGCACCUAUUUUCACAAAAUCCUAAAACCAUAGGCUUCAGCAGGACCUUUACAGGUUUCACAGUCACACUGAUUCAUGAAUUUCUCUCCAUAACUUCCCCUCCAGGCAGUGAACUACUGUGUUUGAACACCGUCAGAAAAAUAUUACUCAUUUCUUUCCCAGGGUAGUCAAUCACAGACUUCAACUGCUCCUGGAACAUGUUUCUUCAUUUUGAAUCAAGGUUUCCUUCUUGCAUCUGAUGUGAACAAACACUGCGUGAACAUCUUUCGCUGGUGAAAAAGACGUCAUCCUUCUGCUAUGCCCACUGACUUCGGAGGCUGGGCCCAGGGCCUCAGAGAAGCAGGUCAUCAUCUCUUCUGGGUCUGUGAAUGAAUAACAUUUGAGAAGAUGCAGGACAGACCAUCGUGUUUUGUUUGACAUAGGAUUAAUAUAUACCUGCUACUUAUAAGCUUUUUGUGAUUCAGGGCGGUUCACACCAAUGCCUGCACACUGCGCAGUGCCACGUGGGCCUGCAUUCCCACCCCUCCCACGGCUCUCCUCCGACCGCCCUUCCCCGGGGGGUGCUGUGCGUGGGCUCAUGUCCCACAUCUACAGUGGGCGUCCACUGGAAGGGCUGGAAGACAAGAUCUUGGCUUUUAUGAUUUUGGAGAGUUUCUGGAAGCUCCUUGCUUAUAAAGUUCUGACUUGUAAUUAUUUUUGCUCUUGUAGAUAUAGCAGUUGUAAAAUAAUAUCAAAGAAAAUAAAACCAAUUUGUUGCCAGUGGCAUAUGGAAGGGGAACUUAGAACCAACAUGAAUCCUUUCCUUCUAAUACUUUAAGGAUUUAUUAACUGUUACAAUUUUGUACACUAGCCACUUAUUCUUAGAUACUUUAGGAAGUCAUUAUUUGUUGACAGAUGUUUAUAUGUAUAAAAAUUGAGGGUAGAUACGCUCAUUAAGUCACCCUGAGGCAGGUACUGCAACACAUUCACAGCAGGUUUUAUGAAGAGAUUUUCUUAAUCUCAUCUUUUUCAGUGUCUUUACUGGGCAGUGUUCCACAUCAUGCUGCAUCAUCUGUAAUAAUUUUAUGCUUCUGUGUUUUUUGACCCAAAUAAGUAAUAUUUGUUUUGGAACACUGCUGCAUUAAUAUUUUUAAUUUACCCAUGAAUUUCUUCAUUUGGUUUAUCAUCCCCAUGUGCUCCUACCUUCCUGUAAUCACAAUUGGUUGCUGCAGGUCAACUGUGUUCCAUGUGCUGUGCCGGCUGUCGGUGACGCCGAAAGGGCAUUGCGUUUUGGUCGUUGCUGUUUAUUGCAGUUCUUCUUUCCACUAAAUUAAAAAAAAAAACCCUCAAGAAUGGAACUUAUGAUCAAAUACUUAUCCAGUGCAUUUGAGAUCUGGAGGGACACCGGUGUGAAUGGUCAUUGCAGAUCACGGGGUCGGUGACAGAAAACGACAAUGGAGGUGUGGUCAGAGACCAGAUAAUGAGAUAACUGUGCAUAUUCGUCUUCAGUUCAAAAAGAAGUCAUGAUGAGCUGUUUAUGGAAGAGAGAAAGAGCCAGGGCUCUUGGGAACUUAGGUGAUUUCACUUUUUGAAGAGGGAAACAUAAAGUUGGACCAGGAAUGUCUCCUUGUUCAGUGCAUGAGGAAUCACUGGAGAUGAGGUACAUGGAAGUCAGCUGGAAGGGCUUUUCUGGGGGCAGGUUGUGACAC